AUGCAGCCGCUAUCAGAAGAAGCGGAAAAUCGUCAUUUACUGUCCGGGCCUUUUGGAAUUUUGCGUAGCUCUCUGCGGUUCAGUUCGCGCGGUGAAAGAGGCGGUCGCCGAACCAGUCUUAUCAAUGCAGUACGUGAUAAAUUUGGCAGGUCAAUGAGCCAUUCUUACUUCAAUACGAGCCUGCACCAUGGCGACAGCAAUCGCAAAAAUGACAGUGCCAACGAAUUAUCCGGUAUGGAAAGGGGCUACUCAAAAGGAGAAAACGACGGUGAAAGUAGGCGCAACAGUUUAAGCCGUGUUUUGGAGGCUAUCGUCAGUGAAUCGAAUUCGUACAGUAACCCUGCCAUCGUCGUUACAGGUUCGUGCAGUAAUUUUGAACGAGGGCGUAAAACAGUUUUUCAAAAAAUAUACUCUGCUUUCUCAAACAUUCGUGCUCCGGGAACAAAUAACCAGAAAAUAUUAGUUAAACAACUGAAUAAAUAG